AGGAUCUUGGGCGCCACAGAGCCUUCUCUUGGAAUGUUAUGUUGACCUAUAGUGGAACUCCCGCAGUGUCAGCACUUCUGAGCCCGAUAUAAACCGCUAACCCCCUACCUUUCACCCUCUUCUGAGUGGUGACAACCGUACACCAGAGCCAAACAACAACCACUGCCUCCUCUGCAAUAAAAACAACAUGACCACCGCUGCUCAGCCCAUAUUCUCCAAGGGAGAGGACUGCAAGGGCUCCUGGCAUGACGCUAACGCCGGCUACAAUGAAACCGACACUCACCUGGAGAUCAUGGGGAAACCCGUGAUGGAACGCUGGGAGACCCCGUACAUGCACUCUCUGUCGACCGUUGCAGCCUCAAAAGGUGGUCGGGUUCUGGAGAUCGGUUUCGGCAUGGCCAUCGCCGCCACUAAACUUGAGUCUUUCCCCAUCGAGGAGCACUGGAUCAUCGAGUGCAACGAUGGCGUCUUUGCCAGACUGGAGAACUGGGCCAAGUCUCAGCCACAUAAGGUGGUCCCUCUGAAGGGCCUUUGGGAGGAUGUUGUUCCCACCCUGCCAGACAACCACUUUGAUGGUAUCCUGUAUGACACAUAUCCUCUGUCAGAGGAAACGUGGCACACUCACCAGUUUGACUUCAUCAAGGGUCACGCUCACAGGAUGCUGAAGGCCGGCGGCGUCCUGACCUACUGCAACCUCACCUCCUGGGGCGAGCUGCUCAAGACCAAAUACGACAAUAUCGAGAAGAUGUUUGAGGAGACCCAGGUACCUCAUCUGCUCCAAGCUGGCUUCAAGAGGGAGAAUAUUAGCACCACCACCAUGGACAUUGCACCACCCAGUGAGUGCAAAUACUAUUCCUUCAGUAAGAUGAUCACUCCAACCAUCAUCAAGGAGUAAAGUCUGAGGACACCUGCUUUUUUUUUUUUUUUUUACUAUAAUGUGCCUUCUGAAAUGACCUUCCUGACCUCCUCAUUCUGUUCACUAUCUGCCAUAUUUCAAUAAAUCCAAAUCCGUCCAAACUCA